CUUCACUCACUUCACAUGAUCUUUAAUUAUUUUUCUCUAUCAUAUUUAUUCUCCUUCUGCUAACACCAAACUAUGAUUUCUUGGGUUUGUUGUUGCAGCAGCCAUGGUUGAAUCAGGUGGUCAGAGUUUAUCGGGUAGAUUUUUUUGGAAAGUUGAAGGAAGCUGCUUUUUCAGAGCUUUUCCUAAAUGGCUUCUUCUAGAACUAGUCACAAUUUCGUUCCUACUCCUUUCCACAAGACUUAGUUACUCAUCUACCGCGCCUGAUAUUGAAGGUGAAGCUUUGAUUGAGUUUCUCAGUUUCCUAAAUGAUUCCAAACACCAAAUAACAGAUUGGGAUGAUAAUCUUGUCAGCCCUUGCGUUAGUUGGUCUCAUGUCACUUGUAGGAAUGGAAAUGUCAUAUCAUUGGACCUGGCUGCAAAAGGAUUUUCAGGAAUCAUUUCAUCUUCAAUUACCAAACUGAAGUUUUUGGUUAAGUUGGAUUUACAAGACAAUGAUUUAUCAGGUUCUUUGCCUGAUUUCUUUGGUGACAUGCUUCACCUAGAAAGUUUGGAUCUUGCAAAUAAUAAAUUCAGUGGCUCCAUACCCAAGAGUUGGAGUCAACUAACCAAUUUAAAGCAUUUGGAUCUUUCAUCAAAUAAUUUGACUGGAAGAAUUCCAGCACAGUUCUUUUCAGCUCCAACCUUCAACUUUACAGGGACACAUCUUGCCUGUGGCUCUACCUUUCCCCAUCCUUGUGUUUCAGGCUCUCCUCUCCCAGUUUCAAGCAGCUGGACAAAACUAAAAAUUGUUACGACUUCUGCAAGUUGUGGUGUUUUAGUUCUUCUAUUACUUGGAGCAAUCUUUGCAUGCCGUUGUUAUCAAGCCCAGAAUUUAAAACAUGAAAUUUUUGUUGAUGUGGCAGGUAACUACGUGUGAUGCUUAAGGGUUUUUAUCCUCUUUAGGUUUGAUGCCUAAAGAAACCUAAGUGUGGCUCCUAGGAUUUUAUUUGUCUGUUUAUUUCCCUCUUUUCCGUAACUCAAAUUGCUACCUAAACCCUAUUUCACUAUUCAUGGCACUGUUCACAGCCUAAAGGCCCUAAACCUUUAAAUCCCAAAUCCCACCAUACCCCCUAACUUGUACCACGUUCAGUUGGUAAUAGAGCAAAGGAUCCUACAACUUUGUUGCUGAUUUUUUUUUUCUUUUUUUUUUCUUUUAUAUAUCAUGGUGGAAAAUGGUGAGUUGAAUUCUAGAGUUACAAAAAGAAAUUGGAAAGAAAUAAAACCUGCAUUUAAGCAGUGGGUAGAAAAAGUGAUCUGCAAGGAAAUUCAUGAGAAGAACUCGCUUGAAGAAGUGAAUGGCAGCAAAGAAGAUUUAGUGUCAAAAGAGGACAACAAAGAAGUUGAAAAGCUAGAUGAUGCAAUAGAAUUUCAAGAUGCACAAAGAACAAAAGUGGAAACCCAAGCAUGUCUUGAAAAGAGCUUCAAUAAGGCUGAAUUUUCUUCUACAGUUCAAGAUGUUCAAGCUAUUAAUUUCAUCUUUCCAGCAGAGUUUGACAUAAUAAACAACCCUUUUUAUUAUCAAGCUUGUUGGGGUCACAAGAAGAACUCAAGUCAUGUCAAGUUUUGGUACCACUCAAGCAGUUUGUGACCUCAAGAAUUCUACUACUUCAGCACUUCAAAACUCAAGGUCGAGUUUUCUCCAACAAUGGAGAAUAGGAAAAGAAGAAGCUAUUGAAUGGUUGUUUAGAUUAUU